CAUCAUAAACUGUAUCUUAAUGCUGAAAACUGACGACGUGAUCAUCUAAUUGAUAUUUCAACUGUUUGCUUUGUCAGUUACAAUUGGGUGAUUGUUUGUUCCUUCUGUAUUAUUGUUGCUAUAUAUAGAUAGCAAAUUCCCAUGAUCCACGUUCAGCUUCUAAACUUCCCACCCCAAACAUAAUGUUGAGUUAUGGAUUUUCUUCUUGGCUGUUUAUUUAAGGAUUACAUUUUUACAUUUUGUGCACCAGUUUGUUAAUAAAAUGAAGAUUUCUGGAGCAAAUGUGACUGGGUGUGGGGUUUGCCAGUUUGUGUAUGGAUUUUAAGAAUAAUCCAGGAUGAGGCAUCUCCGUUAUUAUGUGCCGGUAUAAUUAAGCCAGCACUCCGGCUAGGUCUUGUAGCCAGAAUCUGAUUCUGGCUAGAAUAGUAGUUUGCUGAGGCUUUCAGAAGCAGUCAAGAAUCAAGAUAGAUUUCUGAGAAUCAGAUCAGGUCUACUCAUUAGUCAUGGAUAGCAGCAAGAAGGGAGCCCUCAUGAGUAAUGAAAGCGCAAAAGAUUUAUCAGUCAUGGUUCUGAAACAGCAUCAGUACAAGAAGAACCAACCAAAGUUAAGUUCUACCCCGCAAGAGAGACGUGAUCAAUCCCACUGCCUUAUCUGUAGGGGAAACAACAGUUGUCAAACAGUUCAUGCAAGAACAAAACUGAUGAAUACUUUGAUUGGAAAAGGGAAGCCACAUGAAGCUCAGGCCGUCUUCAACAACUUAACUGAAGAAGGGCAUAAGCCAACUCUCAUAACAUACACAACUCUUGUGGCUGCUCUAACCCGCCAAAAGCGUUUCAAGUCUAUUCCUGCACUUCUUUCUAAAGUUGCAGACAAUGGGAUGAAGCCUGAUUCAAUACUUCUCAAUGCUAUGAUCAAUGCCUUUUCUGAGUCUGGCAAGGUAGAUGAGGCCAUGAAAAUCUUUCAGAAAAUGAAGGAGUAUGGAUGUAAACCAACGACUAGUACUUAUAAUACUCUCAUCAAAGGAUUUGGGAUUGCUGGAAGGCCUUAUGAAUCUAUGAAAUUGCUAGAGAUGAUGGGUCAAGAUGAAAAUGUGAAACCCAAUGAUAGAACAUAUAAUAUUCUCAUCCAAGCCUGGUGUACCAAGAAGAAACUGGAAGAAGCAUGGAAUGUUUUGCAUAAAAUGGUGGCUUCUGGCAUUCAGCCUGAUGUUGUAACAUACAACACCAUGGCAAGGGCAUAUGCUCAGAAUGGUGAGACAGAGAAGGCUGAAAGGCUAAUAUUGAAAAUGCCGUACAACAUAGUGAAACCUAAUGAACGAACUUGUGGCAUCAUAAUAAGUGGUUAUUGCAAGGAAGGCAAUAUGCCAGAAGCCUUGAGGUUUCUAUACAGAAUGAAGGAGCUUGGUGUGGAUCCAAAUCCAGUAGUUUUCAACUCUCUUAUCAAAGGAUAUCUAGACACUACAGACACAAAUGGAGUAGAUGAGGCACUGACAUUGAUGGAAGAAUUUGGGAUCAAACCAGAUGUAGUAACCUUUAGCACCAUCAUGAAUGCAUGGAGUUCAGCAGGGCUUAUGGAAAAUUGUGAGGAGAUAUUCAACGACAUGGUGAAGGCCGGUAUAGAACCUGACAUCCACGCAUAUAGCAUCCUUGCAAAAGGCUAUGUGCGUGCCGGACAGCCACGAAAAGCCGAGGCUCUUCUGACUUCUAUGAGCAAAUAUGGCGUACAACCAAACGUGGUGAUCUUCACUACCAUCAUCAGUGGAUGGUGUGCCGCAGGCAAAAUGGAUCGUGCAUUUAGACUUUGUGAGAAAAUGCAUGAAAUGGGAACUUCCCCAAAUUUGAAAACUUAUGAAACUUUAAUAUGGGGAUAUGGAGAAGCAAAACAACCAUGGAAAGCAGAAGAGUUACUUACUACUAUGGAAGAGAGGGGUGUUGUCCCUGAAAUGUCGACUAUGCAACUGGUGGCUGAUGCUUGGCGUGCCAUUGGUUUAUUCAAAGAAGCCAACAGAAUUCUUAAUGGUUCAGAAGAAGAAUCUGAGCUAGAUCAAGAAUUUGAUAGUGACAAGAUACAAGUGCAAAGCUUGGAGAGUAUUUAUAAGAAACAGAAACUCAGUGCUUCUCCCUCUAAUCUGCUUCAAAUACCUGACGUAGUGGUGACUCAUCCAACAAGAACAACUAAUGGAAACAUAAGAUGCAGAAUGGUAGUCAAACUAUCUGACAACAUGCGGAAUGUUACCACUUCCAUGUUUUUUGUUCGCACAAGAAGUUCAUAUGGAGUGCAACCACUGAUUGUAAGUAGGCAGCAGAUUCAAAAUCAGGUUGUUAGGCCAUUCCUUGACUGUUGCAGAGUAGUGUCAAUACUUUGUUGAGGUGACUUACCAUUGUGAUGAAACACAAAUCCUUUCUGAAUAGAUUUGGUUGUUUCCAUGACAGUACACCAUGCCAAUGAGUUCAGGUGGAAAAACUGUAGAUACCAUUCAUGGACUUCAGAAAUCAGAACAUACACUUACAAUUUUGACAAAAUGCUGGUGUAAUUUCAAUUUGUUGAACUGCUGCUACUCGUAUUCAGUAAUCACUUGCCAAUGAAAUGUGUAUCCUAUUACAUCACUAUAAAAUUCGUUUUGUAUUGUUGUGUACACUGAGCAUUGUUGGAAAAUCUUACUUUUA